AUGACAUCAUCAUCUCCCUCUACGGCUGCUGCGUCAAACGGCACUGGCAGCCAGCAGAGCCAAAUCCACACGGCAGGAUGCAUAAUUAUUGGCGAUGAGGUGUUGGGUGGAAAGACCGUCGAUACGAAUUCGGCAUACUUGGCAAAAUUCUGCUUUUCGUUAGGCAUGCAGUUGAAGAGAGUAGAAGUAAUCGCAGACGACGAGGGCGAGAUAAUAGAGGCGGCACGGCGCAUGUCCAAGAAUUACGAUUUUGUAGUCACGAGUGGUGGGAUUGGUCCGACACACGACGAUAUUACCUACCAAUCGAUAGCGAAAGCGUUCAACCUCCCGCUCAAACUGCACGAUGGCACGGUCCAGAAGAUGAAGAAAUACUCACGGCCGCAUAAAUCACAGCCCAACUUCUCAUGGGACACGCCGUCUCCGGCCCUGACGGCCAAAUAUCGAAUGGCGCAGUUACCCACGGACGAUGCGAUCCCGGAUGAGGAGCAGGUGAUUUUUGUCAAGGAGGAUCUUUGGGUCCCCAUCGCGGUGGUCAACCGGAACAUCCAUAUCUUGCCAGGCGUGCCGAGGAUCUUCGAGACGCUGCUGCAGGGCUUGAAGCCCAGACUAUUGCCACGGUUGGCAGAUCCCGAAGGGAAAGGGUCGUAUCGUGUUCUGUUCAGCACGCCGUUGGCCGAGAGUGAGGUCGCGGGUUAUUUGACCGAGUUGGCCGCUAAGGUCGAGCCCAGGGGGAUCAAGGUUGGAAGUUAUCCGCGUUGGGGCAAGAAUCGGAAUGUGGUGACCUUGGUUGGGAAGGAUCGAGAGUAUAUGGAUUCACUAGAAGAUGAGGUGGCCAAAGGCGUCAAAGGUCUGAGGGUCUCGGUUGAGGGUGAGGAUGAUACUGAUGAUGAGACGGAUGUCAAGAAGGAUAAAGAUGCCUGA